UCUAUUUUACUUUUAAAACAUUCCCCGGAGGCUCAAAAUGUAAAACAAUUGUUUACUAGGUGAUUGAUUUGUUAGAAUAAACUCAUUUAUAUAGAAAUUUGGACAUUAACUGUCAACAAUUGGUUUUAAUUAAAAGAAAACAAAGGUUUCCCUAUCCUAAAUCUUAAAUAAAAUGUCAGUUUUAGAACAUUUAAUGAGCACCACAUGUUCUUAAACAUUUAAUCUCAUCUUCCCUGUCCCUCCUUCCUUAUACACUCUUAAUAUUGCACUGGAUUACAAAAGUCUUACUGCUUUUUUAUUGUUCUGUCCAUUUCCAGACUCUUCCCCAACCCAGACUGUGAGAGAAGCCCUGGAGCAAAUUAUCUGAUGAGUCAAAUCUGGCAUACAAGUUUUUUUUUCUUUUUUUUUCAACAAUUAAUUAGAAACUGAGCAAAACUUAUUCCAACUAAUUUCACCAUGGGCCUCUUUUGGUUUUGUUUAUGAGCAAGAGCAGUGACGGAAGCAGGGACCUGCUGACGUUUCAGGCUUCUGAUGAAUCGUAUGACCCCCCCACCCUCUGCUGGUCCGUGAAAAAUUAUCAGGUGUAUAAAACGGGAGGAGGACGGCAGGCGAGCAGAAGAACAGAAGCAACAGAGGUAGGAAGCAGUCUUGUGGACGUACAUCCGUUUAGGAUCGAGACUUUGGCAUCCCGACAGAAGAGCGGAAAAAGAAGUACUUUCUACGGCGGACAUGUGUAAGGCAAUGUCUCAGCGGAACGGUCCCCACCUGCUCCUCCUAAUAGCCCUGUACAGUGUGUUAUACUCGCGGACUCUGAGUCUACCCUACACACCCAUGAGACCAACGAGACACGCAGACGGUCUGUUCACCAGCGGAUACAGCAAACUCCUGGGACAGUUAUCGGCGCGGAGGUACCUGGAGUCUCUGAUCGGGAAGCGGGUCAGCGAUGAGCUGAUGGAGGAGCCGGUCAAGCGCCACUCAGAUGCCAUCUUCACAGACAACUACAGCCGCUUCCGCAAACAGAUGGCGGUCAAGAAGUACCUGAACUCAGUCUUAACAGGAAAGAGAAGCCUAGAAGAUCCUGGAACCAGCGAGCCUGAGGAGCACAGAGACGAGCCCAACACUUUCCAGGAGAGCUAUGACGACAUCAACGUAGAUCACCUCCUUAGUAACUUUCAGCUGCCACUUUGAGGAGGAGUCUCCCCUCAAGUGAAUACCUCAACUUAUCCUCAUGAAAACGCUCAUUACAGAUACAAGUAUUAAUCCAAAGGACAUUCAAAAGUCAGAUCAACCAAGAUGUUAUCCACUGUUAUUAUUUAUCUAUUCACACAGUACAUGUUUACUCUGUAUUGAAUACAGUAUAUCCUGUAUCCAUUUAUUACUUAUCAGUAAAGAUGCUUCAGGCCACAACAGUUCUGGUCAAUUAACAUUGGAAGCAAUUUUGUUUUUUCGAGAUUAUCUGAAUCUGUUUUUGUUUGAUAAUCAACUAUUUAAAUGAAAUGAAACACAAAACCUAACAUGAAAUGACUUCUGCUCACACAAAUGCCUGGUAGUUAAGAAAAAAGAAGCUUGUUUUCAGCCUUUAAGUCUUCUUGAUAUGAAGUUUCCGUAGCAACUGUUCGGUUUUUAUCCUUCCAUGUCUCCUUUGUUUGAGUUUUUCUGUGAUUUAACUUCAUAUUUGGCAUGGAGAUUUUUGAAAAUGUACGCUGGACCCAAUGAAUGUCAAAUGAUGUUCCCAUUUAGCUUGAGUGUAAAUUGGCAUCUGAAAAGGAAACUUUUUGUAUGAAUUAUGAGUAAAAACACAAUUACAUCAUUAAUAGACUUUUGUUUGGAUGCAUCAACAGUGUUAAUCCGUUAAUUAACCGAUUUAUGUUUUUCAAGCAAUUGUUCCAUAAUGUUUCUGUAAAAAACAGUCUCCAGAUAAUUCUGUCAUCAGUUCACCCCAAUUGUUACAUUUUAAUCAAAACCAUCAAAAGAAAAAAGUUUCCCGUUCAUUUUCAUUCGCUCAGUUGUGACUGCGAUGCAGAUUUGUUUCAAGAAAAUCUCUAUGUUGUCUUUUAAAUAAAGAAGAAAACUU